AUGUCCGCCAUUGGGCUUUUUAACACCAAGCCUCCCCCGACUGUGCUUGUCUUCGGACGUCGCACCCUUUCCACCGCACCUUUCGCUGCCUCCUCUGUACACAUCGUCAUGUGGCAUCUGCUGCUAGUCGCAGCCGGUUUCGGCACAGCAGCAGCGCAAGCGGUGCAGCCGUGCGACGUUCGAGACUACUCGUUCGCGUACUGUCUUCCAACAAAUGAUGGGCUAGGACCUGGGAAUUUUGGCACCUUUCCUCCCAACGGAAACACCCUAGAUGCUUGCGCUGAGUAUUGCAAGGUGGACCGGUACCCAUACUUCUUGUAUGGAAGUAUUGACCAAGGUGUUCCCUAUUGCUAUUGCUCUCCUUCGAUACUGUCUGUCGAUCCUGUCGACCCCGCCCGCUGCAAUCAACCUUGUCCAGGUAAUCCCACUGAAAUAUGCCGCGGUGAAGGUGUUGGGUCGUUGUAUGUGAACAAUUGCUUCGAGCCAAAUCCAAACACAGCGGUGGUGGGGCCAUUCGGCUACAUUGGAUGUUUCGAUGGCGUCGUUGAGGACACGCUUCUCGAUCUAUUAGGGCCGAUAGUCAACGCCGGAGAGUCCGCAUCUCUCGAACAGUGUCGCUCGAAAUGUAGCGGCGAACUGUUUGUAAAUGUUGGCUACUUCGCCAUUCAGCGCAGUGACUCCUCGGGGUCGCCGGGAGCUCGAUGCGCGUGCGGGGAGGAGCUCAACCCGGAACGGUAUGAAGCUGCCGACAGUCGAUGCACUGCGCCAUGUCCUUCGGGUGGUGGAUUCUGCGGCAAUCCGACCAACGGUGUCAACGUGUAUAGCCAGUCGGCAGCCCCAUUUGUCGCCGCCAGUCGCUCGUGCACUAGCCUGGUGACUACAAGCACAACCACACCUGCGGAACUGAUUGGCACCGAGACCGCGACCAGCACCACGACGACUACUGUGGAUCAACCCGCCGUCACGAGCACCUGUGCGACUUCCACCGCGACAGCGACUCAGGCCUCUACUGUGACCGCUUCUACCACAGUGACGGUUGCAAAGCCCAAGACCUCGACGUGUUACAGGACAGUUACCCGAACCAUAACAUCGACCUGCCGCCCCCCCAAGACGCGAUACGCUCGGGAUAGCGAUCAUGUCUCGAUUUUUGCACGCCAAAACGCUGACGUCGGAACAUGCACGGUGUCGAACGGAGAAGUGACAACUUCCACGAUCAGCUUCUUCGUCACAACCUCUACUACCACCGCCACGAUCACAGCGACUAGGCCUGCUGAUGUGAUCUGCAACACGGCGACGUCGACUAUAACAGUCACAAAUCCCACGACAACGACGACGACUGCAACGGUUACAAAGAAGGGGAAGACCAUCACGACCACGAAGAAGAAGACAGUGACAGCCACGAAGUAUCCACGUCAUGCGCCUACUUGCAAGAAGAAGAAGAGCGCAGGUUACUAUUGA